UAUAUAAACUGGCUGGCGCUACUAUGCAAUAAGUUGACAAAUCGUUGCGAUAAAUACAGGCGCCAGACGUCGAGUUGUUAAUCGUUGGUAAAAGAGAACCGACCGCGGACCGUAAUCGAAAUGUUUUUUACACCGUAAAUUGUGCGUAAUUGAUGAAACUCUGUCGACUGGUUUAGCCGGACGCAAGUCGAGCCCCAACCCAGUGCAGUGUCAAUCAAAACAUUGUAUAGCAAAGCGUUAAAAGAUCGUCGGUGACAACGCGUCGCGUGAGAUACGGUAUCGUUGCGAUAUUAACAGCGUUGAAAUUCCUCUUUUAAACAAUCAAACGAUGUUUAAUCGAUAGAAUCUUUUACGACCGAAAGGUGGCAUAUAAUCCCUUUCAACGAUCCUUGUGCUCUCCAGUCUGCAAUCACCUUUUAUUACACACUAAUCAACAGAAGCUCGUCUGCACUUAAACGGCGGCCUAUGCAAUGUUUGUUUUCUUUUGUUUCAAAAUGUUACCUACUAUCGCUGGUGAACGUAAAACAGUCAUAACCUAGAAACACCGUUUACGAAAAUUUUCACUAACCUUUGUCUAGAAGGGACAGAAUUCGGUGUUUCGGCACAAUCGGUCCUAAAUUUUAUCGACUUUCAAUAGAGCAUACUGUUAGAGGAGCGAUUUGUAUCAAGUUGUUGUUUACAGUUUGUUUAGCGGCAUUUUUUUGUCAUGAAAUGUUGAUUGAUAAUUGCUCUUCUAACUGAAUUUACAUUGUUCGUUUGAACUUGCGGGUAUAUCAUAAUAAACUAGUUGUAACAAUCAAAGUAAAUUUAAAUUCAAAUAUAUUCGGAAAAAGCAUAACCGGAAUAUAAUGCAUUUGUGACAAAUUUCACAAUUUAUCACGUACAAAUUAUUAAUAUUUUCACGUUUUCACUGAGGAUAAUUUAACCUGUAUGUUUAUUAUUAUUUCUAUUCGGCAUGCAUCAAUGAGUACAUUAGUAAUUGGAGAAUUGCUUUUUAACGUUUUUGUACUGAAUUGUGUGUUCAAUAAUAAGCAUUUUCCAGAAUACAUAAAAUGGAAAUGGGCCUGUGACCGCACAGUCUCCAUGCCUGAAUUGCACAGUCUAAAAAUGUUAGUGAACUUAUAAAAACCGAAGCCUGAAGGUUUGAAUACUAGACACGUUGAUAAACUACAUAAAUUUCAUAUAUUAAUUAAUGACUGUUGAUGUAGACAAUAAACAAAAGUUGGGGAUCUUAAAUUGGUGAUGUUUACCUCUACCCGCCCCCAUGCAACUGCUAAAGUAUACUAAAUAACAACAUAAAUUAACUAAAGAUGACGAUUUAAUAAACGUCAUUUAUAAACACAAACAACCGACAACGAGUGAAAAUAUGAUACCUUAUCAAAUUAACAAACGAUCCAAGAUUGCUUAAGAUCAUCAUAAGAAUGAAUCACGUACAGGAAGUACGGCAGCUGGAGUUGCUGUGCAAACAGCUGUACGAGUCCCACGACUCGGGACAUCGUGCAGAGGCAGAAAAGGCUUUAGUCGGUUUUCAAAACGCCCCCGAUACCUUGACUAAGUGUCAGCUGCUUCUAGAUCGCGGGGAUUCAGCCUAUGCUCAAUUAUUGGCUGCUACGACUCUGGCUAAAUUGGUAUCGCGACCGUCGCAGGGGCUCAGUUUGCAGCACAGACUGGACAUACGAAAUUAUGUUCUCAACUACUUGGCAACCCAACCCAAGCUACCUAAUUUUGUUAUACAAGCUCUGGUCACCCUGUUUGCCAGGAUAUCAAAGCUCGGAUGGUUUGACUCUGAUAAAGAGGAAUAUGUGUUUAGGAAUGUUGUUACUGAUAUUACAAAAUUUCUCCAGGGGUCAGUAGAGCAUUGUAUGAUAGGAGUGCAACUGCUUUCGCAGUUGACCUGUGAAAUGAAUCAAAUAUCCGAAGUAGAUGUGAAUCGGUCAUUUACAAAACAUCGUAAAAUAGCCAGCAGCUUCAGAGAUUCUCAGCUAUUUGAAAUCUUCCGGCUCUCCUGCUCAUUACUGAGCACUGCCCGUGAAAAUUGUAAAAGUUUGAAUUUCAGUGAUGAAGCACAGCACGGUUUGAUGACACAACUUCUAAGGCUUGCACAGAAUUGCUUGACGUUCGAUUUUAUCGGAACAUCAACCGACGAAAGUUCCGAUGAUCUUUGUACUGUUCAAAUACCGACCAGUUGGAGGCCAGCGUUUUUAGAUUUCACGACAUUAAAGUUAUUUUUUGAUCUCUACCACAGUCUACCCAACACUUUAUCUUCGCUAGCACUUUCGUGCCUGGUACAAAUAGCAUCGGUGAGAAGGAGUCUGUUCUCAAACACCGAGAGAGCCAAGUUCUUGACGCAUCUGGUAAAUGGAGUGAAGCAUAUUUUACAAAAUCCACAGGGAUUGAGUGACCCAGAAAACUAUCACGAAUUCUGUAGAUUACUAGCCCGUUUGAAAAGCAACUAUCAACUCGGAGAAUUGGUAAUGGUAGAGAACUACCCAGAAGCUAUACAACUGAUAGCUAAGUUUACCGUACAAAGCCUGCAAAUGUGGCAAUUUGCACCUAACAGUGUUCACUAUCUUUUGAGUCUUUGGCAAAGAAUGGUAGCUUCGGUACCUUAUGUCAAAGCGACGGAACCUCACCUGCUAGAAACCUACACUCCAGAAGUCUCAAACGCUUACAUCACCUCGAGAUUAGAAUCUGUAGCCGUAGUAGUAAGAGAUGGAUUAGAGGAUCCGCUCGAUGAUUUAGGAAUGGUGCAGCAGCAGCUCGAGCAAUUAUCUGUAAUCGGGAGAUGUGAAUACCAAAAGACCUGCACCCUUUUGGUCCAGUUGUUCGAUCAAGCAGCAAGAACCUAUCAAGAACUCAUGGCUCAAACAGCUUCGCCUACUCAACAGAUUGAGAUCACGAUACAAGAGGGACAGCUCACGUGGCUUGUCUAUAUUAUCGGUAUAGGUAGUGCUAUUGGAGGACGGGUGUCAUUCCACAGUAACGAUGAACAUGACGCAAUGGAUGGAGAACUGGUAUGCAGAGUUCUUCAGCUCAUGAACUUGACCGAUUCUAGACUGGCGCAGGGUGGCUGCGAAAAACUAGAGCUAGCUAUGCUCAGUUUCUUUGAACAGUUUAGAAAAAUAUACGUAGGUGAUCAAGUACAGAAAAAUUCCAAAGUUUAUAGAAGACUGUCAGAUGUUUUGGGGCUUAAUGACGAGGCCAUGGUUCUUAGUGUAUUCAUUAGAAAAAUAAUAACAAAUUUAAAGUACUGGGGACGAAGUGAACAAAUUAUUUCUAAGACCUUGCAGCUUCUUAACGACCUCUCGGUAGGAUACAGUUGUGUAAGGAAACUGGUUAAAUUGGAAGAGGUUCAAUUUAUGCUGAAUAAUCACACGAGUGAACAUUUUCCAUUUUUAGGAAACAGUGUCGCUGUUUCUGAAAUGCGAUGUAGAUCAAUGUUUUACACUUCCCUCGGUAGAUUGCUAAUGGUCGAUCUGGGAGAGGAUGAAGAAAGGUUUCAUACUUUCAUGCUACCACUCACAGCUGCACUUGAGAGCCUUGGUCGACUCAUGGGUGCUGCAGACACUCCAUUAUUUGCUGCUGAGGAAGCCAAAAAGGCACUAAUUGGGCUCGCCAGAGAUCUUCGGGGUCUUGCUUAUGCCUUCAACACAAAACCUUCGUACAUGAUGUUAUUUGAUUGGAUUUAUCCGAAUUACACACCAAUAUUACUACAUGCAGUAGAGUUAUGGCAUCACGAACCACAAGUGACCACGCCGGUCCUGAAGCUGUUUGCUGAGUUAGUACAAAACAGAACCCAGCGACUACAGUUUGAUGUAUCGUCGCCAAAUGGUAUAUUGCUUUUCCGUGAAGCUAGCAAAGUUAUAUGUAGUUACGGUAACCACAUAUUGAAUGUCGAAGUACCAAAAGAUCAGAUUUACCCGUUGAAGCUCAAAGGAAUAAGUAUUUGCUUCAGUAUGCUGAAAGCAGCUUUGUGUGGAAGUUACGUUAACUUCGGAGUGUUUAGAUUGUACGGCGACGAAGCCCUUGACAAUGCCCUCAAUACAUUCGUCAAACUAUUACUUAGCAUACCGCAAAGCGAUUUGUUGGACUACCCUAAACUAUCGGCUACAUAUUAUGUGCUCCUCGAAUGCCUAGCGCAGGAUCAUAUGGCUUUUUUGUCAACACUGGAGCCCAGGGUAUUCCUGUACAUCUUAUCAUCGAUCAGCGAAGGCCUUACGGCACUAGACACUAUGGUUUGCACUGGUUGCUGCGCAACGCUAGAUCACAUUGUGUCAUACUUGUUCAAACAGCUGUAUCAAAAAGCCGGCGUUUACCCUGGGAAAAAAAGUGCCUCGGUACCAGGUGGGGGCGAAUUGUUUUUACAAGUUUUGGAACAGCACCCCGGAAUUCUUCAGCAAAUACUAAGCACAGUAUUGAACGUGAUAAUGUUUGAAGAUUGUAGAAACCAAUGGAGUAUGUCCAGACCCCUCUUGGGUUUAAUACUCUUAAACGAAGAGUAUUUCAACCAAUUGCGACAGAACAUAAUCAGGAGUCAACCGGUUGACAAACAAGGUGCCAUGGCGCAGUGGUUCGAAAACCUAAUGGAUGGUAUCGAGAGAAAUCUACUGACCAAAAAUAGAGACAGGUUUACACAGAAUCUAUCAAUGUUCAGGAGAGAUAUAAACGACUUUCUCAAGGGUCCCAAUAUGUCUGCAAAUUCAGUCAGUGAUAUGAUGACUUCGUAGUGGCUCGGUCACCUAGGUUAUGACCGGUGUGACAAAAUUUUUACCCGCCAAAUGCUUGACUGUGCGUGUGUGUGAGUGUAACUAUGAAUUGUGAUGGUAUUUUCGUUUUAGAUAUAUACAUAAUAAGUAUAGUAACGGUGUAUUAAUACUGCGAUCUUACAAUGGCUCUCUGCGAGGUGGCAUCCUAUUUCAAUUCACGUCUGAAUUUUUAAUUUCCGGUCACUGAAUGUAGCGUGCCGUUUUAUCAAGCUCAGUGGUGGGAUAAUAACAAUACUAUAGACAGAUACAUACACAUAUAUCCAGUGAAUUUUAAUUUCAAGUAAUCCGUUGUAAUUGUUUCCACCUAUCUCUUCUAAUGCUAUUUUGGUAUUUAAAUUCGGCGCGUAACGUAAUUUUUUUUUUUACACAUCCAUAUCCAUGUUUCGACAGGACAUGUUAAAACAGUAGCUACCUUCUGUUUCUUCUAAGUAUGUUUUAUUACGUCGUCUGACAGAUUGAAUGAGUUAUUUUUAUGCUUCUAAACUACAGAAAAUUGAUCAAAUCAUUUGAAAUGUAAACGUACAUGAAUGUGGUAAGACAGUGAUCUAAAUUUUAUAAAUGUAAAUUGACGUCUUUGACAAUUGAGUAAUAUUCUUUGACUUUUUUUUUAACUUUGCCUAUAGUGCCUAUGUACAUUCAGCAUUGCGUAUAAACAUUGUUUAUAUAAGCGCUGUGUUACCACCCGUAACUCAGUGACAGGGUGGCGACAGACUGAGAUUAGUCAUGGAAUUUAGUAAUUCGUGAAAAGUCGGGGAACUUUAUUUCAGUAAAAUUGGCGCUACCCUGAGUGAUUAAUAAUCAAAUAAAUCAAUAACUUCUCUAAAACUGUUUGUGCGAUAAUAAAUUGCAAAAUUAUUCGUUAAAAAAAUGUAAAGUUUGAUCACAAAGAUAAUAAUACAUAAAUGCUACGAAAUAUUUUGGAUGAAAAAUUUGGAUAACUAUAUUGACUGCAGAAAAAAUGUGAGAUUUGGUUUUUAAAUUCAGUCCACUUCGAUAAAACAAGCGCUUUCAAUGUAUUUCAUUACUUUAAAACGAAUGUGUAUUAGUUAGCUUGACGUAGAAGCAGAGAGAAUGGAAUGAAAGAACGGAUCGUAUAUUAAUGACGAAGAAAAGAAACUACUGAAACACGAUUGAGAAUACAGAGCGAUGUGGCAGUCAACUCGUAGGUAUGAUUAAAGUAAUAUGGAUGUUAAUUGAUGCAUAGUUGGUAUGCUUCCGUACAUUGGAAUGUGCUACUAGUUUUCGUCCUUUUUAUUCCAAUAUAACAUACAUGCCCUAUAUCAAAGUUUUGUAUUGGCCACAAAGAGUGUAGUGUAAGUGUGGACCGCGGCCUUAAAACCUGUUUGUGGCAAUGCUGGAAUAGUGUGCAGUGGCGGGUGAUUCUGACAAUGAGAGUUUGAGCAUUAGGAGCCAGAGUUACACAAAUUUACGUUCAGAACUUGAUAUGUAACGUUAACUGGACUACACAACGGACUAUAUACACAAAGUCAGUCUGCUGUGAACUUUGUGAAUGAUGUAAAUGAAGAUAUCAUUAAAUAAUAUCGUGUAAGAGUG